CAGUUUUGACUUUUCUCUUUCUCGCCUCGAAUUUAGAAUACUGUAGUUGUUCAAUAUGUACAGCGUGUGGUUGCUGCUUAUGUCUCUCUGCCUUGCUUCUAGCUAUGAUGGGCUCGAGCAUAUGAAGCGAUAUGCUGACAUGGAGAUUAGUGAGAUGCCUGUUGAAAUCAGCCGCCUUGUCAAAAGAUCAGAAGGCAAUUUCUGUUGCAAGAACGUCCCAAUCGAGAUCGUGAAGAAGAGUCGUGCAGUGUCACGUGUGCGUGUUGACAAGAAGAAGGUGAAAGACGGAGAUGAGUCAUGUGGCUUCCUUGGCUUAAGCAAAUGCUCAACGUAUUCGUUUAAUUACAAACAGGUCACCUUCUACGUCGCGGAAUACCACGCUGAGCCAGCAGUUGGUCAAUGUACGGGCCAGGCCCUAACUUGUUGCAAUGGUUACUUCUUCAUUUCGAAGUACCAGAGAUGUGUCCUUUUGUCUGAAUUGAGUACAGUCAUCAAGGAACUAGAGGAGGAAAGAAAGAAAGAAGAGGCACUAGCGGCUGCCAAUUGAACCGAUGAUCAAAGAGAAUGUUUCCGGCAUAGUCUGUAUUGCCGCCGAUCUUAGAAUUAAAACGCACUAUGCUAAAAUUUACAA